UCAUCCACCGACUUCAUCUCGCAGUCUUCGCUGGUCUCCACUCAAUCGAGAGUCUCUCUCUCGCCGACGCGGUCGCGAAGGUGUAGUCUUGAUCUCCAUGGCGAGGCCACUACGGAUUCAUCUUCUCCCGCUCCUUCUCGUCGUUCUCGCUUCGAUCUCUUCGUCCCUGGCGGAGAUCAAGAACCUCAAGAUCUCCUCCGACUCCCGGGCGACCAUCCUCUUCGAGAAGUUCGGCUUCACCCCUCGCGGAGAGGCGACCAUCGCCGUCUCCGAUGUCUCCGUCUCCUCCGCCCUCGGCACCCCCGACCCCGCCCUCCUCGGCUUCUUCUUCCUCUCCGACGAGAGCCUCAUCCAGGCGGCCUACGAUUCUCAGCAUGAUCACCGCUCGAACCCUAACCCUAACCCCGGACCCAACCUGGGAUGCGUGCUUCAUAGCACCUACGUCCGCCUCCUAUUCACCUUUGCCGAGCUUUCCCCGGGUUCCUCCGUCGCUUUGAAUCGCUCCUUCCCCGUCUCCCACCCGGACGAGUACAGUCUCUUCUUCGCCAAUUGUGCCCCCGAGACCGCGGUCUCCAUGUCCGUCUUCACGGAGAUGUACAACGCCCGCCCUGAUGGCUCCCGCGACUUCCUCUCCGUCGGCCAGUCCCCCGUUCCUUCCCUCUACACCUUCUUCGCCGCCGCUUACAUCGCCUUCUUUGCCGUCUGGAUCUACCUCACCCUCUUCAAGAACCGCCUCGCCGCACACCGGAUCCACCACCUCAUGGCCGGCCUUCUCCUCACCAAGGCCCUCAACCUUGUCUUCGCUGCUGAGGACCAGCACUACAUUCGCCAGACCGGCACCCCCCACGGGUGGGACGUCCUCUUCUACCUCUUCCAGUUCCUAAAAGGCGUCCUCUUGUUUACCGUCAUCGUCCUCAUCGGCACUGGCUGGUCCUUCCUCAAGCCCUUCCUCCAGGAGCGAGAGAAGAAGGUGCUAAUGAUCGUGAUCCCUCUUCAGGUCAUCGCCAACAUCGCGUCAGUCGUGAUUGGAGAGACCGGGCCCUUCAUCCGGGACUGGGUCACCUGGAAUCAGGUCUUCCUCCUCAUCGAUGUCAUCUGCUGCUGCGCCAUUUUGUUCCCUAUCGUCUGGUCAAUUAGAUCUCUCCGUGAGACCUCAAAGACCGAUGGAAAGGCUGCCAGGAACCUCGCCAAGCUCUCUCUUUUCCGCCAGUUCUACAUUGUGGUGAUCGGGUAUCUGUACUUCACGAGGAUUGUGGUUUAUGCGCUAAAGACGAUUGCAUCUUACAAGUACCGAUGGGUCAGUGUGGCGGCUGAAGAGACAGCGAGCCUUGCCUUCUAUAUCUUCAUGUUUUAUAUGUUUAGGCCAGUGGAGAAGAAUCAGUACUUCGUGCUUGAUGACGAAGAGGAAGAGGCUGCGGAAAUGGUGCUGCGCGAGGAAGAGUUCGAGCUCUGAAACUCUGCAGAUUCAUUUAUGUGCUAUCCCAAGGACGAUGAAUUUUCCUAUACUUGUUUGAUGGAUUCUGUGCUACCUCUUCUGAGAAGUUGGUUCGAGAAAUACAUAUGAAUGCCUGGUGUUAUGUUGGAGGUAGAUUUCUCUAUUAGUCCAAGUUUAUGUUUACAGUUUGAUAAUGUGUUACAUUAUUGGUUGUUUUUGGUCCUUUUCAAGUUAGAUUGAACUAACUGUGAUAUGAUUCAAUUCGAUGAGAUAAUUGACCCCAUAA